AUGUCACAGCUGGAGGAUGUGGUUUCCAGCAUAAAGCCCCUGGAAGUUCAGGGGCUCUUCCCUCAGAAGCAGAGAGCGGGACGGAGCGGCCGCGAGUUCCGGCGGCUCCGCAGCAGCAGCGCUUCUCUCGAUCGCCCGGCUCAUGCCGCGUCCCGCAAGGCGCCCGUGGGUGGCUCUGGCCCCUGCCCGCCCCUGCCCGGCCCUGCCCGGCCCGCCGCGCUCUCGCCUCCGCCAGGCUCCCUCUGGCCUGGCCGUGGCGCCUCUGCACGACUCCGCCCGCAGCCGCCCCGCGGCCGCCCGGCUCCCGCCCCGUCCCCGGGAGCUGCCCCCGGAGCUUUCCCGAUCCGAGCUCCGCCGCCCGUCAGUUCGGCCGCCGGCCCCGAGCCGCCGGUGUCCGGGCCGUUCGUGCGGCCCGGUCAGAAUGGCGAGAGCGCGGUGCCGCCCGCUCGGGCGGAGUGGCCUCCCCUGGAGCAGCUGUACCGGCAGGGCCCGCUGCUGGGCAGCGUUUACUCCAGGACCCGACUCGCCGACGGUGUCCCGCACAAGGGCGCCCUUGUGCCCCUGGAGCUGGCGCUGCUGUGGAUGGUGUCGUGGCCUGGCUUCCGCGGCGUCGUGCGGCUCCUGGACUGGCUCGAGGUGCCCGAGGGCUUCGCGCUGGUCAUGGAGCGUCCGGAGCGCUGUCAGGAGCUCUGGUACUUCCUGCACGAGCGGGGGUUCCUGACGGAGCCCGUGGCGCGGGGGCAGUUCGGCCAGGUGCUGGAGGCGGGGCGGACUCACUGCAGCAGCCGCCGCGUCCUGCACCGCCACAUCAAGGCCGAGAACGUCCUCGUCCACCUGGCCACCGGCGAGGCGAAGCCCAUCGACUUCGGGUGCGGCACGAUCCUCCAGGACACGUUCUACACCCGGAUGCCAGGAAUGCCAGAGUACAGCCCCCCGGAGUGGAUCCUCUUUGGCUGCUACCAUGGCCAGCCAGCCACCAUCUGGUCCUUGGGCAUCCUGCUGUAUGAGCUGGUCUGCGGGCACCUUCCUUUCCACCCCAGUGGGGACAUCAUCUGGGGCCAGCUCUCCUUCCCGCCCCGGAUGUCUCAAGAAUGCCAGCACCUCAUCAGGUGGUGUUUAUCCAUGGAUCCCACAGACAGACCAUCCUUGGAAGACCUUUUUGAGCAUUCUUAACUACAGGACCCCCAUGUGGCCCAGGAGACAGCAGAGAUCCAUCCCUCUGCACAGUAGGAUCCAGCAAGUACCAGCUGCAUGUAUCUCGUGGCCCUGGAUGAAAACCCCAGAGCAUUUCCCUGUGGCUGUGGCACAGAGGAGAGAGUGCAGCCUAGGAGAUGCUUCCACUGGUCCCUGGCAAGGUGUGGAGGGAGCUCAGUGCUCCCUGUCCUGUUGGAGAAUUGGUGGCAGAGCGGUGAAGUUGCCACAGACUGGAAAAGGGGAAACAUCCCCCUGCAGCUCAAUGGCAUCGUGAUGUCCCCACAAGCCGAGGCACAGCUGAUGUGUUCUUCUGGAGCGUGAUGUGGAGCUGGGAACACCAUCCUGGAGCUGGCUGCUGGCAGGGCAGAGCCGAUUGUCUUUGGCUGCGGCCCCUGCCUGGAGGACACGCUCUGCACCCCGAUGGAAGCAAGAUGAGUCCCCAGCCGGUGCAGGGACGGGGGAUGCUCGUGCUUCCAGGCAUGGCAGGGCUCGGCUGGACCAGGUGCUGGAGGUUCCCUGCUCAGUGGCGGUGGGGAAUAUUAAUUUUUCUGCUGGUCCCCAAGCUGCUUUUUGUCAGGACAGGGGAUUGGAUGUUGUGGAAGGGGAACUGGCUCGUGGCCUUGCUGACAGCUUCUGCCAGCCAGCCUGG